CAGAACCUUCGCAGGAUCAUAGGUCAUUCUGUCGGCCAGAGUCAAUAUUUGUAGUUGUGUUCAAUUAUGCGUCUUGCCGUUCUGUGUUUUCUAUGUGCGUUGAUUUGGAAGAUGAGCUGGAGUUUAGAGAGCCGAGGAAAUUCUAUGAUAGCCGACGAGAGAAGCAACAUCGACAAAAGAAGAAAGAAUAGAGGCGACCGCCCUCCUUGCUGGUUUGGUAGGUGUAGGAGAAGACGGAGUUAUUCAUUGGACCCCUCAAAGGUAAAUUUUUUGUUCGGUUUUUAUGUUUUGUAUACACCAAGAACGUUCGGAUAUAAAUCAUCUGCGCUUCUAUUCAUUCUUUGAACUCAAAAUAUAUUUUAAUAAUGAAAUAGGUCUUGCACAAAUAAAUGAAAGAUAAAAGUUAUCGAAUAAUUUGAGCAUGAUAGAGAAGUAUUAGUAUUUGCGCCUACAAGAAGAAAGAAACAAGUUUCCAAUAGUCUUACAAUCGGUUUUUAAAAAUGGGCUAACCCCAAUAAGAGAAGAAGUCGCUUAGUUGCCUUCUCUGUCAAAAGGUAAGCACUGAAGUGAUAAACGGACAUAUGUAAAAUGAUAUACAGCUAUGAACGUGACUUUCCUGUGGCUCGCUGAAGUCCUUAAUUAGGUUUUGUAGGCCCAUCGAUUUUAUAAGACGUUUUUUGCGCGUAUUAAACUGCGGAAACGGAUGUUUUAAUUGUUAUGGGUUUGUAUGACGCAUUGUACAACCGGCAAUAACUCAGUCAGUGUAAUUAAGAGAACAGCCGGAAAUAGACUAAGAUGUAUGUAUGUAAUUGUCUCAAUAGGUCAUAGUUUUCCAUGAAAAAAAGGGAAAAAGUGAGAUGAUCUCAAUUCUUCUCAGUAGACUUUAACGAAACGUUUUAUCCGUUGGGCCACACCGAAAAAAUAUAAAUCAUGGCCACUGUUUGGCGCGAAAAUAUGCUUAGAUAUUUGUCCGCGGAAAAUUACAUGUUCCGAGAAGCGAGCAGUUUGUGAACGUUGAGGUCAGAUGGUGUCCAAAGACAAAUCUAGAUGAUUAUCAUCCUUGAUAUAUAUUUGCAACGCGCGGGACAAAAUUUUUACAAACAGCCUACUCUUUGGUGUGUGAGAAUUUUAUUUUUCAGUGUUCUGUGCGAAGACUUUAAGAACAAUGUCCUUUCUUCUGCAACCAAAACAACAACAACCAAAAAAAAAAACUCUUAUUUUGAAUUAAAUUUUAAACGAAGGUUUAGGUCAUUCACGUAAGGUUUGAAAGUUAGGGAAUACCAUUUGCUGGGGAAUAUAAAAGGAUAUUUCCCAGUUUUAAUUGGGGUAUAUUCGGUCACAUGACACGGUUAGACCAAUCGCGCAAAAGGUAAAACAUUAGACGCGGAUUGUAAGUUCAAACAGUUUUUCCCAUACAACAUUUGGAAAACUGAUAAAUGAAAGCUGCUGUCUUUGUAUCCUUUAAAUUAUUUCGCUUAGGAUUAGGGUUAAGUUAAAAAUUUACCUAAAGCUUGGCGUCUAGGAACAAAUAUUGGUUUUAAGUACCAUCAGUUUUAUUGCAAGUAUACAUUUUCAGCGUAAUCCAAACGAGACUUUGAAAUUCCCAUCUUUUUGUAAAUUAUAAAUGUUAUAAAUCGUAAAUAACCCUGUUACAAUGAGGAGUAGACAUAAUACAUAUUUUAUGUUUUGUCCUUAAAUAGAGCGAGAUUCGACUACACGAUGAAGCAAAGUCAUAUGACAUCGACGAAGAGCUUUGAUGUGACUGACAGAAGCUGUCGACUUAAAAUUUCAAAACAAGAGAGGAAAUUGUAUUCACCUUGGUGGUAUAUUAGUUGUGGACUGAAAAAAGAAAUUUAAAAGUACAGAGUAUUUUCUGCGAUUACACCAUCAAAAUAGUACCAUUGAUAUCGUAAUCAUUCUUUCGUUUCAUUUAUUCAUUUCUUCAUUACCUUUUUACUUGAAUUUGUCUUCAUUCGCCUAUGCAUCCAUUUUAUUAUUGAAGUCGACGGAAACGUUCAGUUUAGGAAAUGACCAACGUUUUACGAUAUUUUCCCAAAAAUAAAAUCCAUCUUCUCUUACAAG